AUGGAUGUUCUAGAGAAAGUCGUCUAUAGCUAUAACCACACCAAGCAUCGAAUGUUAGGUCAAACACCAGCCAGUGUCAACCAAACGAACGAAGAAGAGGUCCGUCUGUCUCAGUACCUGAUCAAACCUAAAAAGGCAAUCCACAAAAAGAAGUUUACAUUUAACAUAGGUGAUAAAGUACGAGUCAGUCAUCUUCGGGGCACCUUUGAUCGGGAAUACCAAGAGAAAUGGUCUGGCGAAAUAUUUACCAUUGAGAAAAGGUACUGGUCUCAAGGUAAAGACUUGUACAAAUUAAAGGACUGGGGUGGUGACGCCAUCGAAGGGACAUUCUAUGCAGCUGAACUUCAGAAGGUAAAUGAGAAUCCUGAUCAACUGUACCGUAUCCAAGACAUUGUGAAAAGGAGAACACGGAACAAACAGAAAGAAGUGUUGGUGAAAUGGCUUCACUGGCCUAAGAAGUACAAUUCGUGGAUUCCAGAAGCAGACGUUGUUCGAUAUCAGACAGUAUAA